GUGCCCGUGUUAUGACGGGAAGAGGUGCUUUGUGGGAACAGCAGGUGCUGAGGGGGUUGCAUGGUCCGCAAAGAUGAUUCAGGCGAUUCUGGUUUUCAACAACCACGGAAAGCCACGGCUGGUCCGCUUCUACCAGCGUAUCCCAGAAGAAAUCCAGCAGCAGAUUGUGCGGGAGACUUUCCACCUCGUCCUCAAGCGGGAUGACAACAUCUGUAACUUCCUGGAGGGUGGGAGUUUGAUUGGUGGCUCUGACUACAAACUGAUUUACCGACACUAUGCUACCCUCUACUUUGUAUUUUGUGUGGAUUCGUCAGAGAGUGAACUUGGGAUCUUGGACCUCAUCCAGGUUUUUGUGGAGACCCUGGAUAAAUGUUUUGAAAAUGUGUGUGAAUUGGAUUUGAUCUUCCAUAUGGAUAAGGUGCACUACAUCCUCCAGGAGGUGGUGAUGGGGGGCAUGGUGCUGGAGACCAACAUGAAUGAGAUCGUGGCCCAGAUCGAAGCUCAGAACAGGCUGGAGAAAUCCGAGGGUGGCCUCUCAGCAGCCCCUGCGCGGGCCGUGUCUGCCGUGAAGAACAUCAACCUGCCCGAGAUCCCGCGGAACAUCAACAUCGGCGAUCUCAACAUCAAAGUCCCCAACCUGUCCCAGUUUGUCUGAGGGUGGAGGAGCGGGCGAACUGGAGCCCCUGGAGUGAGCAAAGCCAAAUCAGUCCAGAACCAGAACCGUUUUGAGCCUUAGAAGUCAGAGGUUGGGACCUGAGCCUUUCUGUGUGGCGUGCAAUUGGAAGGGGGUUCACACUUCCACAGCUGGGCUCUGCUCUGACCUGUGGCCGUGCCCAUCUCUGGUACACGUGGCCUCUGCGGAUGGGAGGGCCUUGCCUUCCUCGGUGGGCGUUGGCCCAAGCCACUCGCACCUUCGCCUCCCCUACCACGCUCCAGGAACUGCCUCCGGCAGGCCACUUGCUUCUCUGAGCCCCACCACCAGGACCAAGCGCGGUCCCUGGCUGGAGUCUUCAGCCUUAGCUGAAGCUGAGCUCCAGGUGUGAGGUCCUUAGCAUUUCCUGGGGGUGAGGCGCCUCGGGACGAAGAGGGCUGGCCCUUCAGAUUUGGGGGUGUCGGGGUGGCAGGUAAGGGCAGGGUCUUAUGAGAGCCGCCCCUCCACUGUCUCUGCAGGUGCGUCACACCUGAAGCCCUCCUGCAGAGCGUGCUCCCCACCUUCACCGUCCCACUUGUCACAGGUGUGGAGGGGCAGGACACAGUCCAGAUCAGAGGCCCACCUCGCUUCUGUGGGUAGGGAGAGCACCCCAUUCAUGUGCCAGAGAGGUCCCUGGGUCAUGAGGAGGGCCCCGAGUCUGCAGAAGGCUACAGCUGACAACCUGUGGAACAUCCCAGAACUGGGACGCUCUCCAAGUUUGAAAUACACUCUCCUCACAGGAGCAGAAAGCCCAGUUGCUGUGUCCUGAGUGCUGAGUUGCAUCCGUGGGAAACCCACGGGCAUCUGUGCCGGGGUCGAGCGUGGAGCCAGAGUUGGGGGGUCACAGUCAGGAUCUGGACAGGGGAAACACCCGGCUGAGAGCAGGCACCAGCUCUGUGGUGGGCCCCCCCCCCCGGGUGAUGCCCUCCCAGGGCUCGGGUGACAUGUGGUAGACCCUUCUUCCAGUGGCCAAUUUAGAGCUAAGCUUGCUCCUCCUGCGCUGUCACAGCCGGCUCUCAGGUGUGGUGUUGAGCUGCCCUGUAAACUUUCCCGCCGGGGGCACUCUUGAACCUGCUGACCUGGGCCCCAGGCUGUUCCCCGUGCCUAAAGUGACUCCUCCCAACAUUCUCAUCGUUUUUAUAGGAAGGAGACAGCCUCAGAGCUCGCCAGGUAACUUCUCAUGAACUUGGGAACAACACGUUUUGUGUUCCAAGGCAGCCAGUGACCGUGUCACAUGGUGUAAGUGCUGAGGCGGCUGCCACGGCCCUCAGUCCCUCCUCGCACCUGCUGGGGAAGCGGAAGGCCUGACUGAGGCAGGUCGCUAAGCUGGACCCGUGUCAUUGCUUUCCAGUAGAGUGGUGAUGGGCUCCAGUGCCUUGCGCAGGCCGGCACAGGAGCCGGGUUUCCUGGGAGAGCCUAACUUCCGAUGGCCUCUCAGCCUGCCAGAAACUGGUGGUGCCAAAACCAUGGGCUGGCCCUGAAAUUCCAAAAGUGAGCACCGGGCAGCACCCCUCACGCUGCCUCUGAAAAUGGCAUAGAGCCCAGCCUGUGUUGGUAAUUUGGAACAUUAGCUACUUGCCUGCAACUAGCAAAGCCAUUAAGCCUUUUUUUUUUUUUUUCAAUUUUUAAGAUUUUAUUUAUUCAUCUAUUUGAAAGGCAGAGUGACAGAGACAAGGAGAGGCAGAGAGAAAAUUCACUCCCCAGAUGCCCACACAGCCGCAGCGGGGCCAAACCUAAACCUGAAGCCAGGACCUCCAGCCAGGUUUCCCAUGUGGGCGGCAGGCACUCCAGUCCUCGCGCCGCCACCUGCUGCCUCCUGGGCACAUUAGCAGGAAGCUGGAGGAGAGGCAGGGGUGAGACAGCCCCAGGUGCUCCAGGCUGGGGUGCACACAUCCCUAGGGGCAGCCGCCCCGCUGCACCACAGUGCCUGCCCCAGCACCUUUCUGAAAAAGAGGAGGUCCUCCCUGGCCUCUGGAGGCAGGCCUCAGUUUUGCUGCUGACGGACGUCGCUGGUGGGAAUAGAGCUGGCUUUGAACGUGCUCGGGGAGUCCUGGGCCCUGCACGGCUCGCACUGAGGAUUCCCAAGGCGGGGAAGAUGCUGGGUUCUCAGUGCUCACUGACACUAACUGAAAUCCCACUCUUCCAUCGCGCACCUUCCAAGUAACUGGCGAUGGCUAAGCUCUGGGCUCCGCUUCCGACGGUUGCCCCGUGAGGGUUGUUGGCAGAACGGACUGUUGGGGUGGGGGCAGUUUGGCUGUCAGCCUGACUCCAUGGAGAACAAAGUCUGCGUUGGUGACACUUGGGAAAUCUAAAGGACAGUAACCCGUCUCCCGCCUCCGGCUGACCCCCUGCCCUGCGGGGCUGUGCCCCCAGCGGCCCGUCUUCCCGAGUCCCAGUUUUGUCACCUGUGGAGCCAGCCCUCUUUCCCGACCACGUCUCCUGCCACAGAGCCAGCGCCCCUAGAAAAGGAGCCAGGGAAAAAGCCAGGUUGCCGGCUCCAUCUUGCCUCCAAGGGGGUUCCCAGGUGUGACCGUCUGUGGCUUUCCCGACGGGAAGCAGCGUGAACAGCCCGUGAAGAUAAAGAUCAGGAACGGGCCUGGUGCAGGUGCGGCAGCAGCCAGGGUGGAGGGCGCACGGCCGCCCCGGGUGCCCAUCUCACUGUGGCGUGGUUAGCCUGUGCCCACCGCUCCUCGAGCACCAGCAGGGGCGGCCCUUCCCAAAGACACCUGAACGUCUUUCCUAGUUCAGUUCUCCCCUCCAGGAAAGGAAAUGCCUUCACGUAGUUCAGACGUUGAGAAAACAGAGGCUGCCCAGCAGCUCUGAGCCCGCUCCCCUGGAAGCAGCAAGGCGUGUGAUUUGAGGGGUUAAUAAACAAAGUCCCUGGUGUUCCUUCACCAGAACCGGGUGUGUAUCUGCCUGCAGGUGUGUUAAGUUCUAUUUGACCGCGGCCUCGCCUUCUGCCAUGGCCCUCGCGUGCUGUGUUUGGUGUUUAACUUCCUGUCUGUUUCCCUGCUAGCACGCAAGCCCUCGGGGCGGGGCCCCUGCCCAGUGCUGCAUCCGGGCUGCUGUGGACAGCGCCUGCACUGGGGGGCACGCAGGAGGCAGACCGGCGUUCAGGUCAUUCGUCUCCCAGCCUCGCUGCCUGUGCUCCCAGGACCCUGCCCUCAGCACUGGGAGAAGAGGAACCAGGCAGAGCUGACGGGUGCUGGCAGCGGGGGAGGGGAGAGACGCAUGGGUGUCACAUCGAGGAGCCCCUGACCAGCUGCCUGCUGAUGCACUGGGGGGCAGCAGGGAUGGCUCAGUGCCACCGUCUGGCUCCAGCCACCCCCAGAUCGAGUGUCCCGCUCCCUCUCAGCCUGGCCCAGCCCCAGCCACUGCAGGCAUUUGAGGUGUGAACCAGUGGAUGGGAACUCUUUCUC